AGACCGCUUCUGAUGUCUCAGUGUCGCCCAGCCUCAGCCACGUUCAUGUUCCUUACACCAGUCUUCGCAAGAUGCGACUUUUCUUUGUCCUCUUGGUAGUCUUGAUGUGCGCACGCGCUGAGGUCUUUAGACGCCUGGUCAGAGAUGUCCAAUGUGCCGGACCCGCUUACACCGAGCUUAUACCCUUCGGCCUUGCCAUUGUCGAGUUUUGCAUACAUCGAAGACAUAAAGUCUCUGCUCCAGAGAGCAACUCCGACCUUAGUGUGUACGAACUUUUAGGACAUUCCUGGGCCACCAACCGGUUUCGUUAUAUCAUCAUAACCGCUAUCUUUGGCCUUUCGAGCGCAAGUAUCUUGCACCGAAGCGAUAGCCCUUCUUCCUCUUAUAUUUGCACUCCCGCGACUCACGAUAAAAUGAUCACGAUUCAACGCCUUGCUUUGGUUCUCGACUUUUGCAUUUCUUUUUGUCUGGACGCCCUCAUAUGUUCCUUCCCUAAUACUGGCAAGGCUUCUCCUGCCAGAUCUAUAAGCAUUACUGGUUGGGCCUGUCUUCUUUCUGCUUCCGCCAUCGGUGUCUGGGGUAUCAUCUGGUUCCUUGCCGUUCCUGAGGAUAGAUUUUGGGUUCUCGAGAUACCGCGUGGCUUCAUCUGGCAGUUGAUCAAACUAGCUGUAUUAUGUUGUAUUGCAGCGCUGUCCACUUGUAUAACGACAAUCAGACUUNUCUAUUCUGGUGCAAUUUCGGCUGUCUCUGUUCUUAUAUUCGUCGCUUCGUGCACGAUAACCAUCAGCUGGUCCUGGCAUACUUUACCGGCGUUUCCACCUGAUAACGAUACAUUGACUUUGUUGUCCUUCUGCGGGCUCAUUGUUGCAUUUACCGCACUUAUACAUACUCAGGUCAUCUCGGAAGAUCACCGUCGCAAGCAACGGACUAUGUUCUCUGAGACUCCGAUUCCUCUCAUUGGACUCCUGAUCUUGCUAUUCUGCGUUCGCUUCCUAAUCUGGCUUGGUCAUAUCACCAAUGUCGCCUACCACCCCAUUGAUUUACUUAUACACGAAGCAAGCGAAGCCCACAAGGUUUACACUGGACGAGCAUAUAAGAGCGCGAAUCUUACAGCUGCUGUGAUUGAGUAUCAGCAUCGCAACGGCAGAAAUCCUCCACCAAAUUUCCAUGAAUGGUAUAGAUACGCGAUCGGGCGUAAUUCUCUUAUCAUUGAUGAAUUUGACAAAAUUCACGAAGACCUGUUGCCUUUCUGGACGCUGGACCCGUCUGAAAUCAGAGAGAGAACAUGGCGGACGACAUCCAACCCAUGGAAUGAUGUCGCUGGGAUUAGCAUACGCAACGGCAAAGCUGAAAUUAGUCCGCACGCAAUGGCGACUCACAGGUGGAUGCUCGAUGGUAUCGUCGACAUGAUCAGUCACUUCAGCGAGUUCUUGCCAGAUAUGGAUUUAGGCUUCAACUUGAAUGAUGAGUGUCGUGUCGCAGUGCCUUAUGAAUAUAUACAGGCAAGAAAACAGGCUGGUAAGCGCAAGACCGACUUUGGCAAGAGCGCGCGAAACUCGUUUAGUGAGAAGCGCGGAGAUGCUUGGAAGCCAUUACCAGAGGAAUCUAGCGGCAUCACACCAUUCAGAGAGAUGUCGUGGCAAAAGACGUUCAACGAGUUUGGAAUCUCUGGAUGUCCAUCCAACUCGGCCGCACGCAGCACAUUGCACUGGGACACCAGUCAUCUUUGUACAUCAUGCGCGGCUCCGCACUCUCUAGGUGCAUAUUUGUCUAAUUGGACGAAGAGUGCAGACAUCUGCCAUCAACCCGAUAUCGCAAAUCUGCAUGGCUUUUACCUCUCGCCAGCAGCCUUCAAAGCAACUCAUGAGUUGUAUCCUGUCUUCUCGCAGUCCAAGGUACAUGGCUACAACGACAUUAUGUAUCCGUCCGCGUGGAAUUACAUGGACAAGGCGAAAUACGACCCUAACGAUGAACAUCGUGACCUCUCAUGGGACGAGAAAAAGCGAACACUCUUCUGGCGUGGUAGCACUUCGGAAGGUGUCUCGUCCAAUACAGGUGUCUGGAAAGGUAUGAGCCGUCAGCGCUUCAUGCACCUAGCUAACAACAUCGCCUCCACCCUACCACCACAACCAAUUCUUCUCCCUUAUCCCUUCGCCAACAAACGCAAGAAGCUUGCUUAUGUGGACGUACCCGCCUCCGAACUCACCAAGCACGUCUCUGUUGACGUCAAACUCGUGGAACACAUCAUCCGCUGCGGCGGCAUGGACUGCGAAGACCAAGACCGUCACUUUGCCCCCAUGGCCCCACCGACAGACUUCCAAGCGCACUGGUCCUAUCGCUACUUGCUCGACCUCGACGGCGCUGCCUUCUCAGGCCGCUUCAUCCCCUUUUUGCAAUCGCACAGUCUACCCUUCAAAGCAGCCUUGUUCCGCGAAUGGUGGGACGACAGACUGACCCCUUGGCUCCACUUUGUGCCUCUCGAUCUCCGUGGGCAUGGAUUUUGGGCCACUCUGGUCUACUUUAUGGGUCUUGAAGGCAGGGUUCAGGGUAAACAGGUCAUGUUGCCUGCGCAUGACAAGCAAGGGCAGUAUAUUGCCGACGCGGGACGCGAAUGGGCCAACAAGGUACUGAGGAAAGAGGACAUGGAAAUUUACAUGUUUAGAUUGUUGUUGGAAUGGGGCAGGAUCACAGACGACAAGAGAGAUGAAUUGGGGUUGGGAGUUGAAGAGGCGGAGAAGAUUGGGCAGAAGUGGGUGGAUGGCGGGAAAAUGUAUUAUGGUGAUAAGGAUACG